UUGGCUGCAGCUCUUCUUUUGACAUGUUGUUUGGUGCAAACGAUAGACUGUUAUCGACUGAGAAAAACAGAAAGACGAGAAGGGCGAAAAGAAGCUGAUGCAUCCAAAAUGAUAGGUGUCCGUGAGGGGAAGAUUGUGUUUGGGAGGGUCUUUAAGAAAGGGUCAGGCCUUGAGUCACAAGUCCUUGAUGGGACCAAGAAGCCGUCCUCAAACGCUUCUAUGGAGGAUGAAGCUGAUUAUCAAGCAGACUUUACAGGCUGGUCGGAAGGUCAAGUGCAGGAUACCGCUUCCAUAGAAGAAGCAUGGAAGGUCAUGUCGCCCUCUCUGCAUUGUGGUGCGGACCAGUUGAAGUUCAGCGCAGUGGGACCAGGAACUUCGCGGUUUGCAGUGGAACAAAGAAAUGGUUCGCCAAUGCCUCUGAACCAAGUCCCUCGCUCAUGUGGCUAUGGCAUGCAGAAGAACCCCCUUGGGCUUGUCUUGUUGGUUCCCUAUGAUGGCUGCAAUGUGGUUCAAGAGGGUGGAAGUUACGUUCUCCCGAUGCGUUGGCAAGGAAUUCCUGUCUUGCUCUGGUGUCGUAAACCUGCUGCACCUUCCCCCACAACUGCUGCCCAACAAAACCCACAACAUCAGACACCCCAUUACCCCCAUGUGACGCCCCCCCCACCCCAUGUGAUGCCGCUGCCCCCGCCCCAUCAGGGUGUCCCCAAUGUAAUGCACAGAAUGCAUAGUUUCACGCUGCCGAUUCCCCAGGUGCAGCCUUUGUCGUACCCUCAGGUGCAGCCUCUGUCGUACCCUCGGGUGCAGCCCCAGGUUUACCCCCUGGUGCCUCAGGUGCAGCCUUUGUCGUACCCUCGGGUGCAGCCUCUGUCGUACCCUCGGGUGCAGCCCCAGGUUUACCCCCUGGUGCCUCAGGUGCAGCCUUUGUCGUACCCUCGGGUGCAGCCCCAGGUUUACCCCCUGGUGCCUCAGGUGCAGCCUUUGUCGUACCCUCAGCCGGUACCCUCGGGUGCAGCCCCAGGUUUACCCCCUGGUGCCUCAGGUACAUGCUGUGGGGCCACAGGUGAGACCCAGGCUGCUUAA